GAUCAGUCUCAUUUCCGAAGACGAAGCUACGAAUUCGAUACCAAGGUGUGGGAAACUUCUAACACUUUCCGCGCACUGUCCUUGAAGAUAUUCAUCGGCAAUGGCGUCGUCAUCGUGGUUACAAUCUUUUCUCGAUCCGAACAAGAACUGGUUCGCCAAGCAACACAUGCAAGCCCUCUCCAAUCGCCUCCGCAAUUACGGGCUCAGGUAUGACGAUCUGUAUGAUCCGAUGUCCCAUCUGGAGAUAAAGGAGGCUCUGAAUCGGCUGCCUCGCGAAAUCGUCGACGCCAGGAACCAGAGGCUCAAACGCGCUAUGGACCUAUCUAUGAAGCACGAGCAGUACAAACACCAUUUAGGAGCUAUCUUCAAGAUAUGCUAGCUCUUGUUAAGAAGGAGAGGGCAGAACGCGAAGCAUCAUUGGGAGCAUUACCCCUCAAUCAACGUACAAUUCCAUGAUUACUCCUGUUGCAACCAAUCUCGAGUGUCGCUGAGUAAUAAAAAUCUAUGGGUUACAUUGGACAGGCUACUGGAUGACAGAUUGGAUCAAUAUUAAGGUUUUUUUUUUUUUUUUUUUUUUUUUCCUCUUGAGUUGUUUUCACAUUAUUAUUGCCUGGACAUUAAAUUAACUUUGAAUAAUACUGUUCCAACCAUGGACUCUUUGUCUUCAUUCAGGCAAAAAAUGAAAAAGUUAACGUGGGUACUUCGGUCAAA